CGGAACAGCUAGCUCGGAGAAGACCCUGUGCGCAUGCUCUAUCCCGCUCCUCGUGGGGCUGGGAGGGAGACCCGGCAUCGGGGGAAGGGGGAGGAGAGAGGAGGACUGUUCUGCUCGCGCAGCCGCCCCUGACUGUGAGCGAGGCUCAGCGGCUGCUGCAGCGCUAGCUGCCGGGGCCCUGCCGGAGCCGAGUCUAGCAUGUGCCGCGGCUCCCGGGCAGCGGCGGCGGCGGCGGCGGCGGCGGCAGCGGCGGCGGCAGCGGCGGCUCCUCUGCAGCAGCAGCAGCCGCCAUGGCCAAGCCCAGCGCGGAGCUCACCCGCGAGCUGCAAGAAAGCAUCCGUCGAUGCCUGAGCCGAGGGGCUGUGCACCAACAGCAUCAGGUGAAACUGGAGACCAAGCCCAAGAAGUAUGAAGACCGAGUGUUGGCUCUCACUGCCUGGCGCCUCCAUCUGUUCCCUCUAAAAAUCCCAGCUAAGGUGGAGAGCUCUUUCAAUGUCCUAGAGAUCCGAACCUUCAGUACUCUCAACCAGAACCAGAUCCUGGUGGAGACCGAACGUGGUACUGUGAGCAUGCGAUUGCCAUCAGCAGAGAGUGUUGAGCAAGUGACCAGACAUGUGAGCAGAGCACUAGCCAAGGUCUGCCCAGGCCCUGGGUGCCUGAUCCGGCGUGGAAACCCUGAGACCCCUGAGGGGCCCCGGGACACAUCCCCCAACUCUGAGACCUCCACAUCUACCACCCACAGUGUCUGUGGUGGCUUCUCUGAGACUUAUGCUGCUCUGUGUGACUACAAUGGGCUGCACUGCCGGGAGGAGGUGCAAUGGGAUGUGGACACAAUCUAUCAUGCAGAGGACAACCGUGAGUUCAAUCUUUUGGACUUCAGCCACUUGGAGAGCCGGGACCUGGCAUUGAUGGUGGCAGCCCUAGCUUACAACCAGUGGUUUACCAAACUCCACUGCAAGGAUCUACGCCUGGGCUCAGAGGUUCUGGAACAGGUGCUACACACCCUGAGCAAGUCGGGGAGCCUAGAAGAACUGGUGCUGGACAAUGCUGGCCUCAAGACGGACUUUGCCCAGAAACUGGCUGGGGUGUUUGGGGAGAAUGGAAGCUGUGUGUUACAUGCCCUGACUCUAUCCCACAAUCCCAUCGAGGACAAAGGUCUUCUCAGUCUAAGCCAGCAGCUCCUCUGCUUCCCUACAGGCCUCACCAAAUUGUGCCUGUCCAAGACUGCCAUCUCCCCUCGAGGGCUCCUAGCGCUGGGUCAGACCUUCGGUGCCAACCCAGCCUUUGCCAGUUCCCUACGCCAUCUGGACCUGAGCAAGAACCCAGGGCUGCUCGCUACUGAUGAAGCCAAUGUCCUCUACAGUUUCCUGGCUCAGCCUAAUGCCCUGGUCCAUGUGGAUCUCUCUGGGACUGACUGCGCCAUUGACUUGCUGCUGGGUGCUCUUCUCCACGGCUGCUGCUCUCACUUAACCUACCUCAACGUGGCUCGAAACAGCUGCUCCCACAGGAAAGGCCGAGAGGCUCCACCAGCCUUCAAGCAGUUUUUCAGCAGUGCUUAUACCCUGAGCCACGUCAACCUGUCAGCUACACGUCUGCCCCUGGAGGCCCUCAGGGCACUCCUCCAGGGCCUCUCUCUCAACAGCCACCUCAGUGAUCUUCAUCUUGACCUGAGCAGUUGUGAGCUUCGAUCAGCAGGAGCCCAGGUCCUCCAGGAGCAACUCGGGGCUGUCAGUGCUGUGGGGAGUUUGGACUUGUCAGACAAUGGGUUCGACUCUGAUCUCCUAACAUUAGUGCCGGCACUUGGCAAAAACAAAUCCCUGAAGCACCUAUUCUUGGGCAAGAACUUCAAUGUCAAGGCCAAGACCCUGGAAGAAAUCCUUCACAAACUUGUGCAGCUGAUUCAGGAAGAGGAUUGUUCCCUGCAGUCAUUGUCAGUGGCCGACUCAAGACUGAAGCUUCGAACCAGCAUUCUCAUCAAUGCCCUGGGCAGCAACACUUGUUUGGCCAAGGUGGACCUGAGUGGCAACGGCAUGGAGGACAUUGGGGCCAAGAUGCUGUCCAAGGCCCUGCAGAUCAACUCUUCCCUCCGGACUAUCUUGUGGGACCGGAACAAUACUUCAGCCUUGGGCUUUCUGGACAUUGCAAGGGCCCUGGAGAGCAACCACACACUUCGCUUCAUGUCCUUCCCUGUGAGCGACAUCUCCCAGGCAUACCGCAAUGCCCCAGAGCGCACCGAGGAUGUCUGGCAGAAGAUCCAAUGGUGCCUUGUCCGGAAUAACCACUCGCAGACCUGUCCACAGGAGCAGGCAUUCAGACUGCAGCAGGGCCUUGUCACCAGCAGUGCUGAGCAAAUGCUACAGCGGCUGUGCGGGCGAGUCCAGGAGGAGGUUAGGGCACUGCGGUUAUGCCCCCUGGAGCCAGUACAAGAUGAACUGCUCUACGCCAGAGACCUCAUCAAGGAUGCCAAGAACUCCCGGGCGCUAUUCCCAAGCCUGUAUGAGUUGGGCCACGUCCUAGCCAGUGAUGGGCCCGUCCGACAGAGACUGGAGUCAGUGGCCAGUGAGGUGUCCAAGGCUGUGGACAAGGAGCUGCAGGUAAUCCUGGAGUCAAUGGUCAGCCUGACCCAGGAGCUGUGCCCAGUGGCAAUGAGAGUGGCUGAAGGCCACAACAAGAUGCUAAGUAGCGUGGCUGAGCGGGUCACUGUGCCUAGGAACUUCAUCCGUGGGGCCCUGCUAGAGCAGGCAGGGCAGGACAUUCAGAAUAAACUAGAUGAGGUGAAGCUCUCGGUCGUCACCUACUUGACCAACUCUAUAGUGGAUGAGAUUCUGCAGGAACUGUACCACUCUCAUAAGAGUCUGGCCCGUCACCUAGCCCAGUUGAGGACCCUUUCAGAGCAACCAGGCGGAGGAGGCCCAGGGCAAGAACUGUCCUCCCAGGCCCGGGGCCGGGGCCGGGGCCAUGACCAUGAAGAGACCACAGAUGAUGAGCUCGGGACCAACAUCGAUACCAUGGCUAUCAAAAAACAGAAACGUUGUCGCAAGAUCCGGCCUGUAUCUGCCUUCAUCAGUGGGAGUCCGCAGGACAUGGAGGGCCAGAUGGGGGGGCUGGGGGUACCCCCAGGCUGGUUCUCAGCCCUAGGGGGCAAUCAACCCGCCCCCAGUGGCUCCUGGGAGGGCCUGUCAGAGCUGCCCACCCAUGGCUACAAACUGAGGCAUCAGACACAAGGACGGCCCAGGCCCCCCAGGACCACCCCCCCAGGGCCUGGCAGGCCCAGCGCACCAGGACCUGGGAACCGACCAGAGAAUGGGACGGCCACUCAGCUGGAUGAGGGGCUGGAGGAUUUCUUUAGUCGGAGGGUCAUGGAUGAAAGUUCCAGCUAUCCCCGGACCUUGAGGACAGUUCGCCCAGGCCCAGGUCCUGCAGAGCCCCCGCUGCCCCCACUCCAGAAGAAGAGACGACGAGGCCUGUUUCACUUCCGUCGCCCCCGGAGCUUCAAGGGGGAGAGGGGAUCAGGAUCCCCCACCCCUGGGCUCCUCCUGCCCCCACCUCCUCCCCCACCCCCAACUGAGGAGAGCCCUCCCACCCCAGAUCCCCCAAGCCUUGGUGAUAAUUCCACCCCCUGCUGGAGUCCCGAGGAGGAAAGUGGACUCCUCCCAGGGUUGGGGGGGAGCCGGGCACCCUCCUUCCGAAGAAAACAGGGCAUGGAGGGGGCAGAGCCAGGGGAGGGAGUCCCAGUAUCUGGAGUGAUGCCUCCAACAAGGGUUCAUGGAAUUGCGCUUCCUGGGAUGGGUCGAGCCAAGGGCUGGAGCUUUGAUGGGAAGCAAGAGGGUACAGACACUGACCUGGAAAACAGUGUCCAACCUUGGCAGAGGCGGCGCUCUUCUGACGAUGCAGGGCCUGGGUCCUGGAAGCCACCUCCACCUGCCCAGAGCACCAAACCAAGUUUCAGUGCCAUGCGUCGAGCAGAGGCUACGUGGCACAUAGCUGAGGAAAGUGCCCCCAACAACAGUAGGCAGAGCCCCAGCCCAGCCUCUGCUGAAGGGGAGGGAGAAGAGGGAGUCCUACUCUCAGAGAGGGAGAUCCUGGCCCGAAGCACCAAGGAUCUCCUUGUAGCUCCUCGGCCCCCCAAGCCAGUAGCCGUGCCCCGGGGCCGGAGGCCUCCUCUGGAGGCAGGGGGCAGGGAGGAUGCUGAGGCCCCAGCUGCCGCAAAGCCCCGGCAGAGGCUGGGUUCUCAUCGAGACCAGGAGGAGCCAGAGGCCCAAGGACUUCCCAGUGUGGGGCGAAGAGCAGCCCCUUUGAAGCCCAAGCGGACUAGGAGAGCACAGUCCUGUGACAAACUGGAACCUGAUCGCAGCAGACCCCUGGAACCUUCAGGUUCAGGGGGAGAGGGAACCAAUGAACUUGGAACAGACUGAUACUACCCUCAGUGAACCUUCUUCCCACCCCCCAUUCCCUGCCCCCAGCCAUGUGCCUAACAGAGACUCAGAUGUCCCCUUCCCCCAGCAUCCCCAGGCUCCUCCUGCCUGACCCCUUAGGGGCAGGGGAGGGGAGGGGAGAGUUGGAAAGAGAUCUCCUUAGUGGGAAGGGGGAUUGUCUCUGUCUCUCUUCCUCUGGUGGUGGGGGGAGGGAGAAGCUUUUUCUCCCUCCUUAUGGGUGGGGUUGGGGGGUGGAUCUUUGUCCCUCUACCCCCAGGGGGAUCUCUCUUAAGUUGUACAGAAUAAAGAAACCAAAAUGAC